CAUGUUCAAAUAAGAAUCCGAAAAAUAAAUGACAGGAAACCCGCGUCGUUGAUUGCUUGUAGUUUUACAUUCUGGAUGAAAACAUGAAGUGCAGUCGUCCCUGGGAAUCUGAGAGGCGGAAGGAGAUGUUUCCCCGACACAUUUGCAUUAAAAUUCAACAAGCGGCAGGCUCCGUGAGAGGUUAGAUUAUUGGCGGACAGACACACACACACACACACACACACACACACACACAGCUGGUGUGCCUUCCUCCAGCAGAGACUGACAGAAGCGGUCUAAGCUGUGAGCGCUCAUCACUCCUCCUCUCCUCCUCCUCCUCCUCUCUCCUCCGCCGGCGCGUCUUUUCGGCUGCAGUUGACAUCAAAACUUUGAAGAGGUGAGAAGCGAACAUCGAGACAUAAUCACCACUGACAGCGCGCACCAACACAGAUAAAGCGGUGGCAGGAAAAGCGCAAACCAAGUCCGAGUAAAGCAGCGGCGCCGGGAGAAAGAGGGAGCUAUGCCAUCUCCCGCCGAGCAGAGCCCAGUCCUCCUGUGUUGUGCGUCGGAGCUGCAGCAUGGUGUCUCUCUCUGGACUCUGGACCUACUGCCUCGCCCCCGGGAGACCUCAUCUCCUCCUCCUCUGUACCAGACCGCUUCUGCUGCUGCUCCUCUUCUUCUUCUUCGCCGUCUCCUCCACCCCCGAGUCCUGCUUCCCGCACCCGCUGCCCUGCCACAUCCUCGCCCGGAUAGGACACACCGUGCGCCUCGGUGCGCUCUUGCCGUCCCGGCAGCCGGUACGGAUACAAAACGCGCUCAACCGCGCCCUGGCGAGCCUCCGGCACCAGACCGGAGGUGCGGACUCGUCCACGACUACUCCCCAAACACCCCCGCUGCUCCCCUACAACCUGAGCCUGGAGAUGGUGGCUCGGUCGCCCGCGGGAGGAGACCCGGAGUCGUUGUCCCGUAGCGCAUGCCACGAUCUGGUGGUUAGGGGGGUGUCCGCUGUGCUCGCCUUUCCCCGCUCCAGGGAGGAGCUGAUCCAGGUGGAGUUCCUCUCCUCUUUUCUGGAGAUCCCCUUCAUCUCCAUCCUGGAGGACACAGAGCCCCUUGUGACCAAGAACCAAUUCCACCUGCAGAUGUCAGCCCGUGUGCCUCCAUCCACCCUGGGCAGCCUGCUGCUGACCGUCCUGCAGGGAGGACAAGAGGACAGAGACCGAGGGAGCCAGAGGGAAGGGAGCUGGGGAGGAGCAGCUGUGAUGUGUCCUGGGUGGGAGGAAGGAGGUGACGGGUUGCUGUCGCACCUGCAGAGACACAAUGGUUCUACGUGGCAUUUGUGGGACAUCAUCAACCUGACACACAUCACGGGGGGCGGGGAAAGAAGGGGGGAGGCCAGCGAGGAGAGGAGGGAGGAUCAGAUGGAAGAGGAGGCAUUGAAGAUUCUCUCCACUCGUUUCCUGCGCUCCCCCUCUCCCAUCUCCACCGUUCUCCUCCUGGGCUCUGACCCCGAGUGCCUCUCCUCUGUCCUGCGGGUCGCUCAGCGCCUCCAUCCAUCACUUCCAGCGCUGCAGUGGAUCAUGGGAUACCCCCUGUCUCCAGAUUCGCUGCACACUCUAGGAGGCCCCCUUGGACUGCUGGCCUAUGGGGAGGUUGGCCGCAAGCCAAUCAGUUUCUACAUUCGGGAUGCUUUGCAGCUGAUUGGCCGAGCAGUCACUGCGGCAACCAUGGUGAGGCCGGACUUGGCGCUGGUCCAGAAUACGGUGAACUGUUAUGACAAGCCAAACGUCCAUGAGCUGCCGUCUUCGGGACAGUAUCUUGCCAGAUUUCUCUCCAACACUUCGUUCACUGGAGCCACAGGCCUGAUCCAGGUGGACUCCGGUCUCUCUCGGAUCCUCUCCUCCCAGCUGUUCCACGUGUGGAGUCUGAAGAGGGGAGCUUUGGGCCAGCCGGCGUGGGUCACCGUGGGCCAGUGGACUCGGGGCCGACUGGAGCUAGAGGGAGGGAUCUUGGGGCUGGUGGGAGGAUUCGGGAGCAGCCAAGGGCAAGGUCUUGGGGCGGGCGUGAGAGGAGGCGAUGGCCAGGGCGACAGUAACACCGGAGGACGCUGGAGACCGGGACUGUCCGUCGAGGGACACCGCCUGCGCGUGGUAACGCUGGUGGAACACCCGUUUGUUUUCACACGCGAGGUGGACGAGGAUGGACUGUGUCCAGCUGGUCAGCUCUGUCUGGACCCCAGAACCAACCGGUCUGACGUCAUCAACAGCCUCUUCAACCAGCUGCACAACCCGAACGCUACAACUGCAGACUGGGAGGGCAUCGACCUGCCGGAGGACCUCAGGAAGUGUUGCUAUGGCUACUGCAUUGACUUGCUGGAAAAGCUGGCCGAAGACAUGGGCUUCACCUUCGACCUCUACAUUGUUGGGGACGGGAAGUACGGCGCGUUCAGCGGGACCGGGCGCUGGACGGGGCUGGUCGGGGACCUGCAGAGCGGAGCGGCUGACAUGGCGGUCACGUCGUUUUCCAUCAAUUCGGCCAGGAGUAGAGUCAUCGAUUUCACCUCGCCCUUCUACUCCACCAGCCUGGGCAUCCUGGUUCGUAGCCGGGAUACUGCGGCUCCCAUCGGCGCCUUCAUGUGGCCUCUCCACUGGUCCAUGUGGGUGGGCAUCUUUGUCACGCUGCACCUCACCGCGCUCUUCCUCACGCUGUACGAGUGGAACAGCCCCUUUGGCAUGACACCGCACGGCAGGAACCGGCUCCGCGUGUUCUCCUACUCCUCUGCCCUCAACCUCUGCUAUGCCAUACUCUUUGGACGCACCGUUGCCACCAAGACUCCGAAAUGUUGGACCGGCCGCUUCCUGAUGAACCUCUGGGCCAUCUUCUGCCUGCUGGUGCUGUCCAGUUACACCGCCAACCUCGCUGCUGUCAUGGUUGGGGAGAAGACCUUUGAGCAGGUCUCAGGGAUCCACGACGAGAAGCUACACCACCCUUCCCUGGGCUUUCGUUUUGGCACGGUGAGGGAGAGCAGCGCUGAAGAUUACAUGAAGAAGAGUUUCCCGGAGAUGCACGACUACAUGCGGCGCUUCAACCAGCCCACCACCCCAGAUGGGGUACAUAUGUUAAAGACAGAUCCUCCUACCCUGGAUGCAUUCAUCAUGGACAAAGCACUGCUGGACUUUGAGGUCUCCAUUGACGCAGAGUGCAAGCUGCUCACUGUGGGGAAGCCGUUUGCCAUUGAAGGCUAUGGGAUCGGCCUGCCUCAGGGCUCUCCUCUAACCCGCAAUAUGUCAGAGUUCGUGAGUCGCUACAAGUCUGACGGUUUCAUGGACAUGCUGCAUGACAAAUGGUAUAAGGUUGUGCCCUGCGGGAAGCGAGUCUUUGCCGUCACUGAGACUCUGCAGAUGGGGAUCCAGCAUUUUUCAGGCCUCUUUGUGCUGCUGUGUAUGGGGGUGGGAGGAGCCUUGCUGACCUUGGCGGGUGAACACACCUUCUAUCACCUGGUGCUGCCUCGGCUUCGCCGUGCGCACACGCUGCGGUACUGGCUGCACACUAGCCAGAAAAUUCACAGAGCCCUCCACACCACGUAUGAGGACGUGGGCAAGGAGCUGACCGGCCUCGACCAAAACCCUUCCUCUUGUAUCUCGGAGAACUGCACCCUACACAGGAAACAGCAUCAGCCUCCUCCCUCGUCACCUUCCACAUCCCUCCCUGCUUCCUCAACAGCUGGAGGCACCAACAACUCCUCACCAUCCCAUGAGCCGAAGGAGAAACGUGUGCACUUUGACCUCGACACCCUGCACAGCUACCGUCUGCGCACGCACACGGCGUCAGUGCGCGGCAGGCCUGGGAUGGUCGGCCUUCCCGGUCUUGGUUUGGGAGGACUGGGGCUGGGCAGCCUUGGAAGUUUUGGCUCCCCACCACAGAUUAGCCUCCAUGUCAAUGGGGGCCCUGUCUCAGCACUGGCUUCCACAGGCUUGGUGCUUUCUCCCGUGGGGAACAGAGCUGCGCAGACCAGCCUGUGGGAGGGCGAGCUCCAGGAGCUCCAGGGGAAGAUCGAGAUAUUCCGCACCCAGCUGAGAGAGGCUCUGGCCAGGAGAGCGGAGAUCCAGAGCAGCCUGGAGCGAGAGAGGAGCGGGUUUGUACGCAGGGACACCAGUCUGGAGAGGGAAAAGGACAGACAGAGGAUACAAACUAUUAACACAGACAGAAGUAGCACCACCACGCAGCCAAUGCUCCCUGAGAGAGACAGGACCAGCCAACUGCAAACCCUGAACAAUCAACCGACAGGAAGGGUUAACCAAUCAGGUGGGCCGGGGACUCUGGAGCGUUUAAGCCGCCAGUUGAACACAGUCAACAGUUUGGACAGAGGGAGACCGAUCCACCAGGUGCACUCUGCGAAUACUUUGCUAGGAGAAAGGACUGUGCAGUCACGCACUUCCUCUAGUUUGGAGCGCAGGUCCAACCAAGGUGGCGCCGGAAACAUGACAUACGCGCAGUCGCGGAACACGUCGAGCCUGGACAGGCAGAAGGCUAACCAAUCACGCACCGUGAACACUUUGGAGAGGACAAAAGCCAACCAAUCAGGUGUAAGUAGUGGAACUUGAUUGUCACAUUUGCUGUGUGUGAAGACGGCAAAGGGACAGGUGCACUUGCAUAACCGCGGGAAGAUGGCUCUGUUGGAAUGAAUCGAGUGUUUGGGGAUGCUUGCAAAAAAAAAAACGUGAUAACUGACGCCACUGGGGUUCGCUUGCUUUAAAAAAAAAGAAAAGACGACACACUAUUAACAGGUAUUAACUGACACCAUUGCUUCCUGCAACCUAAUACUUUUCCCACACACAUCAGAAUUAUCUCCAUUCUUUAAAAUGACACCUUUAACCGCAGGAGCUCCAUGAUAACAUGUCUCCACGAAACCAUAAAUGAGAUGAAUUAUUUUGUGAAGCACAGGAAGACAUGACGUACAAGAGCACAGAAAGUGUUAAGAAAAAGUUAGCCCAGCUCUGAAUAUACAUAUAUAUACUCACAGUGCCAGCAGUUGGUCAUACAGAUAAAGAUGUAUAGCAAAUUGAUUUUAUUUUAAAGUAAUAACGUCCCGAAAAUGUGAAACCCGGAGAAAGAUUAACACUUUCCUUAAGAAAUCCACUUAAUGUUUCCAUAGAUUUUUUUUUUUUUAAAGCCUCUUUUAAUUUGUUUUUUCCCCCCAUUUUAAUUUAGCACAAAGUCUCUCACUCUUCUCAUCCUCAAAUGUGGUGAAGUUGAAAAGGCUUUGAGAUGGUAAUUUCCUUUCGUUGAUUUGACGGAUUCCACAUAAAAAGCAGGGGACGCCGAGGCAGAACUUGACAGGACCAAAAAAAAAGAAAUUAUAAGUGUAAAAAAAAGUGUGGUAAAAUCCUUAUACACAUUAGGAGGAGUAUUUCUCCUGUGAACACAGUCUCAUAAUGACUUCUGUGACUUUAGAAAAUAACCCCUGCUCACACCAUUAGAGUUUGGAGACGGCACAACUUUAUAACAGAAAAAAAUCUGCAUUGGGACUGUGGACGUCAGGGAGAGUGUAAUAAAAAAAGAAAAUCCUACUGGGAAAUCCAUCGCUUUUGGACUAUGACCCAUUCUAGAGACUAAAAACCUCAAUAUCUCUGCCGCUGCUGCUUUUCUGUUGACCUUUUUCUUUGUCCAAUCUGUCUCUUGUGAGAACUUUGUGCAAGUGCAAUGCUAAAUCACUGCAGCAGCAGCCCUCUCCUCUGUGUGUGUGUGUGUGUGUGUGUGUGUGUGUGUGUGUGUGUGUGUGUGUGUGUGUGUGUUUUGAAGCAAACACAUGCUGACCCAUCCCAUUAGCACCGCUUUGAAUUUUUAAUGUGGCCACAGUGGCAAAAAGCCACGUGUGUGUGAUUGCUGUUUGUUUGUGUGUCUGUAUUUAAAAUUAUCUCCAUUAGUCAACGUGCUGUAGUUACUGUGGCCGACCACAGGGUGGUUACAUAAACUGUUUCGGCCAUCUCAUAAUAAUUUUAUGGCCCAAUAUUGUCUUUGUAUGGGAACGUGCAACCACAAGACUAAAUCUCAAAGAUAGUUCAAGGAACCAAAUCACAAAUAGUUGAAGGAAUACUUCACCGAUUUGCAUUUAGCUUUGUAUUACUAGAAUAGGGGUAGUAUUUUUGGAAAAUUGUACUUCCCAACCUCAGUUUCCCCUGAGUCGAGAAAUAUCUUUUUUAGCAGUCUUUUUUUUUUUUGUUACAUGCCCACCAGUGACACUUGGUCCAAGGCUUGCAACUGCAACGCUCAUUCUGCACUUUUUAGACCCACUCGUAGGGGGACAGGACCUCAUUCCCAGAAUGUAAACAGUGUCCUCCAUCUUUGCUAACAGGUUACGCUACAUUCAUUUGUAGCAUAAGGUUAGUUACCCUACAUUUCCACAAUGUAAACAGUGUCCGCCAUCUUUGCUAACAGUUAUGCUAACAGGUUACACUACAUUCAUUUGUAGCGUAAGGUUACAGUUACGCAACAUUUCCACAAUGUAAACAGUGUCCGCCAUCUUUGCUAACAGUUAUGCUAACAGGUUACACUACAUUCAUUUGUAGCGUAAGGUUACAGUUACGCAACAUUUCCACAAUGUAAACAGUGUCCGCCAUCUUUGCUAACAGUUAUGCUAACAGGUUACACUACAUUCAUUUGUAGCGUAAGGUUACAGUUACGCAACAUUUCCACAAUGUAAACAGUGUCUGCCAUCUUUGCUAACAGUUACGCUAACAGGACCAAGUGUCACUGGUGGGCACGUGACAAAGAAAAGAAGGAAGAUAUUUAACAUGUGCCAUUGCUGUGGAUUGAAUUUUGAGUAUAGCAACUAAUCCCUCGUCAGUGACUGUACGCGCAUGAAAUCACACAAUAUUACACAGGUUUUGCACUUUACGAGCAUCUUGCAGUUCAGGGCGAACUCUUGAGUGCGACCUCAUGUUGUUUUGGUUUUUCCUAUGAUUAAUAAUCAUAAAAGCAGAUAUACACUGUUUCACUGUUUACACUUGGGACACGCAGUCAGUCGGUCGGUCAGUCAGUCAGUCAACCAUCAGAAGGAGCUGCAUCCCCCCCACUUCCCGUGGCUAUGGAAGCUGCCGUGUAUGUAAAUGGAGGGUUUUGUUCCAGCAAAAUCACAAAUAAGUUUCAGCAGUUGACUUUUCAGCAGUUGACUCACAAAGGAACAGUAAAUGAUGGAAGCUGCUUUUUCUUUUUGCUUUUUUUGUCCUGCUGGACUCACAUACUGUAUCUCUUCAGCAGACCCUUUUCUGACAUCACUCCAGCUCGACACGCUGAAAUAUCACAAAAAUACAAGAGACUCUUGUGUAUCUCUGCUUUUCAAACGAGUGGUGUGGGUUUCACAAAACAAAAGAACCUUAGGAUUCUGUGAUGGUACUGAGGAACAUUUAAAUGUUUCAAAAACCUUUGCUGUGGUGUGACGGUGUGUGGUUGUGUUCACACGCCACGGUGUCUACGAGGAGAAGAAAAAACAAAUAUUUUAGAUCUUUAUUGAGAAUGACCUUGUGGUACUGGAUAUUUAAAGAGAUAAUUUUAAAUUUACCCCUUAUUAAAAGACAAAUGUAUCCGCAUAUUAUUGAAUUUUAUCAUAAAUGAUCAUUCUCAUGUUUUGAAAUAAAUAUUUAUA